CAGCGCGGGCGGCCAUGGCGGCGGGGAGGCUGCCGGCGCUGCUGCUGCUGCUCGCCCUGCUGCUGGGCAGCACGGCCGGGCCCGGGGCCUGGGCAGCGCGGAGCCGCGGCGCCGACAAGCAGAACAGCUUCCGCCGCGCCGCCAGCGGCCUCUACCAGGGCGUCAGCGGCGUGUUCGGCGAGGACAAUGUGCGGGCCCUGCAGAAGUUUUUCUCAAGGCUGACAGAGAGGUUUGUCAAUGGGGUGGAUGUAUUAAUGGACACAUUCUGGAGAAUAUGGACUGAUUUGUUAGAUGUUCUUGGAAUUGAUGCCUCCAACCUGACUCAUUAUUUCAGCCCAGCAGCAAUUGCCAACAGCCCAACCCGUGCUCUUCUACUGAUUGGUGCCAUUUUACUUGCCUAUUGGUUUUUAUCUCUCUUCCUUGGAUUCUUCUUCUAUCUCCUGCACAUGCUGUUUGGUCGUUUCUUCUGGAUCGCGAGGGUUGCCCUUUUCACCCUCUCAUGCGUGUACAUCCUCCAGAAGUAUGAAGGUGACCCGGAGCACGCCGUCCUGCCUCUCUGCUUUGUUGUAGCAGUCUACUUCAUGACGGGGCCAGUUGGAUUUUACUGGAGGAGAAACAGCAACAGCAGCCUGGAGGAGAAGAUGGACCACCUCGACAGUCAGAUCAGACUUCUGAACAUUCGUCUUUCUCGUCUGCUGGAGAACCUGGACAGAGGCAGUAACCAAUGAACCAGCCCCUAUAGACCACUGUACACCAGCUCUAGAAAAUUCCUAAGCACUGUCUCGUUUGAAGUUACAAAGCAACAAGACAUCACAUGGUAAAAAGUGUGCAAAAGUUAUAACUUUUCAUCAUGUGUGAGACUAAUUUAUCUAGAUUAUACACUCAGCCAUUAUACUUGUAGGAAGAAAACCACAUUUAAGAACUUCAGCUGUAUAUUCAGAGAGUUUUAUCCAGUACUCGAAUUUUCUCAGUAGAUAAACGCUUACUUUUACAAGCAUUUAAAAACAUCUUUUGUAAAGUUUUUAUAAAAGCAAAUUAAGUAGUCUUUCAAGUAUUGAAAUUGAGCUAAAACAUAUGCAAAUUUGACACUUUAAAAGUUAAAAAGAACAAAAAAAAAAGCUACCAAACACUUCCAUUGAGAAGUAACUGCUGUGGGUCCGCAUUUCUUUUUCUUCCAAACUUGUGUUUUUGCUUUAUUCUUGGCUUAUUUCAUUGCCUCGAAGUUGCCUUUCAUAGAGUAUCAGAUGAGGAAUUUUCUGGUAUCCAGGCCAAAAGAUUCACACCGUGGCUUUUAAUAGGAGGUGAGGAAUAAGGGGGAAGGAAGGUUUCAUAGAUUUGAAGCUCCUUAAUGCCAGUCCCACAGGAGGAGUUGAGAAGUGCAUGUGUGACAUUAUUUCAUUGCAUUUCAUCUGGAGAACUUUAGUUUGGUGUCUGAAAGGAAAGCUCUUGACACAGGGAGGAGAUGUAGCGUGGCAAAUUGUAACUCAUACUUGAUAUUCACAGUGAAGCAUUUUUCCAAGCAUAGAGUAAACCAUGGUUUUUAGUGUCAGGACCCACGUACUUUCUCAAACAAGGCAGCAGUGAAACCACUUGCAAAUGUAUUGUUGCUUAAAGCUUUCUCAGGACCAAUAAGCGGCAAUAAAUUAUCUUCAGGAAGAUCUGGAUUUUUUUCUAAAAUUGUAAUAGUUUUAUAGGAGCUUUUUGCUUGAAGUCUGUGUCCUCACUCUGCUGGGGAAAGUGAGUCACCUUAUGAGAAGGGUGUAUUCAAAGGUUGUGUUUGGAAGGGGUGCAGGAGCUUUGAAGCAGUUUUGCUUUGAAGGAUUCUAUGUAUUUGUAACCUUAGAGUUAAGUGGCUUGGCAGACUGCCACUGCCUGUGUAAGGUGUGCUGAAAUGCAUUGAAACAAAGGUAACCUCAGGGAAGAGAGGCCAGAACGUGGUGUAAUGCGUGGGGUGUCUGAGGGUAUAGUUGAGGGGAGGGAGGGAUAGCAGCUAAGCCAUGGUGAUGAGCACAGUAUCAGCAUCAUGGGGGGUAAAAUGGACCACAGCUGAAGAACUAUGUAUUCCAUAAUGCCAAAAUGACCAAGUAAAGGAAAAAACACAACAGAAACUGGCCUGUGAUAGGGCCUGGCUGACAAGCAAGGGGAGCAAAUACCAGGAGGUGCUGCUUUGCCCAUGAGCGCUGGCUCCAGCUCGGCUCUUGGGCUUCAGCUUCUUGCUUCGCUGGGUUGAGCUUUUGUUGGACGUGAUGCUUCACUGAAUGUAGCUGUGGGGGGAGUUUCUUUUUCUCUUUCUGCUGAAGUUUAAUGCUGUUAAAAUGUGUUACUUGCCUAAUCUCAUUUGGGCUCUAUGUGACAUUUAUGUGAGGGAUUAUUUUCAAAUCCAUGUUAAUGGCCUUUACUCCAAACUGUGAUCACUUCAGUUCAACACGGUUGAAGUUCAUAUGCAGUUGGCACUGUUGUAAUACAUUUUAAUUUCUUAUUUCCUCUAUAAAUCCCCCCUGCUCCCCAUCUUUUUUCAAGACAUGCACAUUUAGAGUUGCAAAGUGACUGCUUUUCAUAAUGCAAAACCUUUCUGUGAGCAGAUAAGUACUGCAGCCACAAACAGUCUGCUUGGCAAAGCUGAAAAUGGCAAUUACAGUAUAAUCCUUUUUAUAGCUCAUUUUCCAUAGUAUUACAGAGUCUUCCCUAUAAGCUCGCUUUUCCCUGCUCUAAGCAUGGAGGACUGGGCUGAAACACCAACCUGGAAGUUUGGAAUCCACUGGCAAAGCUUUGUCAGGUCUUUAGGUGUUUUGAGGCCUGAGGACCAAAGCUCAUUCAUGUGAGAGGCUCCACCGACUUCCUCAGGACUCUGAAUGUGAGUCAGUUUGGUGUAGAUUGUAUUUUACAUAAUCUAUAUUUAAUGUUAAGGUUCCAAAUACCGACUUGUUUCUAUAUUAAGAGUUGUCUAUGAUAAGGAUUUCUUUUAGAAUACUGUAACAGUUAAUUUGGAUUAUAGUUUCUCCCUGUCUCGCUCUAAUCACCUUAGUUUUGUAAAACCAGCCCUCUUAUACUGUUCAUUUUGAUCACCCUGCUGCUUGAAUAAAAAGGUAUUUUUAUAUUUACUUGCAUCCCAUGUAUAGCAAAAUGUUAUGUGAAAAGCAGAAUAUAUAAAAUUGGGUGUUUUGAAUCAGUAUUUUUCCCAGCACUCAGUUUUCUUGUUAGUCAAAUUCAGAAGUAAUGAUUUUUUUUGUUAAAGCACAAUCUAAUCUUCGAUAUGUGUACUUUAAAAAAGCUCUGUAUUUUUAAACAUGCACUGUAGUGAAAGCGCUUUUGGGACAUGAAUGUGGUAUUGUAUUUAAUCUCUUUCAACUUUUGUAAAUACCUUUUACAAGUAUUUUCCAUCCCAAGCCUUCUAGUUUAUCCGUCGAGGUUCUGCUCUGGUUUUUAGAGCUCGGCCUGGUGGCAGCAGGUUGCUAGUGACAUGAGAUGUGCCUGGUCACCUGUGGGGAAACAGAGAUGCAGAAUUGGACCAACCCACCAGAGUCAGUGGUAGAAAUGGGGAUAAACCCCCUGAUUUUGGAGCUCCAGGCCUUUACCCUGGGCACUGGCAACCUAACUAGGGGCAGGCAGCAGCAUCACUGCACUCCCUGGUGCAGGCUGUGGUGGGGAGGCUCAGGUGGCCAUGGAGAGCACCCUGGCUGGCCACAGUGCCCAGGACAGCUCUGCCACAACGGUUCCCAUUAUUGACCUGUUUGCAGUGUCUGCUUGAAGGAACAUCCCUGGUGUACCUGUUUCAGACUGGCUCCAGGCUGUCUGCUGUCAGGCAUUCUGGUGGGAUCUUUCAUGUGUUAAACGGUGUGCUUUUAAGAGCUCAUAUUUGAAACUGCUGUAAUAUUUUCAACACAUUCAUUUUCACCAGACUUAAUGCCCAUCGCAAUUCCUUUGGAAGUCCGCACCUCGCCUUGCGAUAGCUGAUGUGCCGUGCGCGGAAUGUAACGCUUCUCAAAGUGGUUUUGGGUGUCAGAGUGCAAUGUGUAAACCUGGUGUAACUCAGUGCUGUACUUCAGUAGCGCGUCCUGCACAUUGUGAUUUGCUUUUUAAGACUUGUUGCAUCGUUAGUGUGGAAAAUAGACCAGUAUCAAUCCUAGCUCCUUGAUGGUGUAGAAGUUUAUAAGUGUGAAUUGCCUCACGUACUGAUCUGUAUUUGGCAGCUAAUGAUGUAAAUGACCAUUAAGUUCUCUUUGUCUGGGUUGGAAAAUAAAAGGUUUUAUUGUA